GCAGACAUAUCAAACAGGUAGCAAUGAAAGAAAGAAACGAUAUAAAACUCACACCAGGCUUCACUGAGAAAACAUUCUCACAUUUUUUUCUUCAUAGGGCGCGAACAAAAUUAUGUAAUUGAGAAUCCAGUCCGUAUUUUACAGAGGCAGGGCAGAGCUUAACUGUACGGACAUGUUUGGACAGACAGUGGGAUGGCUUUAAGUCUUUUCCCAGGUAGUUCCUCCUAAUACUUGAGUAAAGUUCAGACUGCAAUGGCAACAGAUUCCCCUCUUCUCCUGGCUGCGGUGACCCUUCUAUCUGCCUUCCAGAUGGGGUACCUGGCCCGCAGAGUUGGAUGGUCUAGAAUGGCUCACAAGAUCCUCCCUCCUGUAGUCUCUGGUCCUCCAGAGUUUGAACGAACGUUUCGUGCGCAUCAGAACUGUGUGGAGUUCUACCCCCUGUUCUUGGUGAGUCUGUGGACCUGUGGGAUGUUCUUCAGCGAGGUGCUAGCUGCAGCAACAGGUUUGGUCUACAUGGCGGCCAGGCAGCUCUACUUCAACGGCUACACCCAGUCCACCAAGAAAAGGUUACCUGGCUUUUACCUGACCCUGGCUGCACUUCUCACCCUGUCCGUUCUGGCUGUGGUCGGAAUAACGCGCGGACUCCUGGACAAGUACUUUUACACCCCUAUCUAAAGAUUUACAUCUGUUUCAUGUGAAGAAGAAAAGGAUUGCAAAUAUUGUUUUUUUAAUCACAUAGCAAUCCUGUGUUCUCCAAGUGAAUAAUCUGUAGACAGAAGCUGUUCUGGUUCAUCUGAGUAAUUAUCAGUAAUUGUCUAAAAGUGGUUUCUGACCAGUUUUCGCUGCUGCUGGGUUCUGAAUGAGGGCAGACCGGUUGCAGUUUUCUGGCCGAUUGUUGAUCUAUAGAAAGUCUGCCAUGCCGAUUCUGAUUUUGGCCAGUGCCAAAUUAUUUGUUUUGUCUGAAAUGUUGCUAAAUAUAACAAAAAGUCGCUGAAGUGGUAACAGUGGAGUGACUAUUGUUGACUGGGAAUGUGCAGACAUGAUCUGGUGGAUGGAUGCAUCACUCAAACCUUUCAGAUUAGUGAAUAAGAUUGGCUUCACAUUUAAGUAUCGGCCAAUCACAAUCCUCCAAAAUUAGGUUUAAUAGAGUGUAACUGACAAAUUCGUAUUAAAGUCAACUUUGUCAAAACCAAUAAAGUUUUUUUUCCCCCUCAUCCAA